AUGGAUCCGCAAAGCAUAACCCGCUUCUUCUCGUCUGAACCUCAAAACCCUCCACAAACCAGAAAUCAUGAAAAAACACUCGAAGGAAUCGCUGCUAUUGUUGGAGAACACGUCCUGUUUGGGACAAAAAAUGAUAGUAACCCAACCCACCACAAAAUGAUGGAACAUAACAAGACGGAGAAUGGUCCGGUCACCAAGAGGUACAGAGGGGUCAGGAAGAGGCCCUGGGGAAGGUGGUCGGCCGAGAUACGCGACCGUAUUGGGAGGUGCCGCCACUGGCUUGGCACCUUCGACACCGCGGAGGAGGCGGCGCGUGCCUACGAUGCGGCGGCUAGGCGCCUGAGAGGGUCCAAGGCUCGAACCAACUUCGAGAUACCGUCGGUGUUGCCGGUUUCGGUGUCGUCGUCAUCGUCGUCGAGCAGUGGCGGAAUCCGCAAGAGGAAAGGGGCGCGCGGUGGCGACAGGAAGUGUUCGGUGGUUACCUCGGUUGCACAAUUGUUCAGUUCUGGGGUGCCUGAUGCGCUUGAGCUAAAGCUUGGUGUGAGACUGUGA